UAUCUAUAAACCUUACCCAAUUACAUACCAAGCUAUACGUUUCAACAUGAUUUUCUCUUUUAGAAGACGAAGAGCCAGUCGGGGCGGCAACGACGAGGGAAACUCCGAUUUAGAGCUCACGAUUCCCUCCCAUUUUCGAUGCCCGAUUUCUCUUGAUCUUAUGAAAGACCCGGUUACAUUAUCAACCGGGAUCACAUAUGAUCGAGAGAGCAUCGAGAGAUGGAUCGAGGCGGGUAAUGGAACGUGUCCAGUGACCAAUCAAGUGUUGAGCCAUUUUGAUCAAAUCCCAAAUCAUGCCAUAAGGAAGAUGAUCCAAGAUUGGUGUGUGGAGAACAGGUCUCAUGGGAUUGAGAGGAUUCCAACGCCUAGAAUUCCGGUGAGCUCUUACGAUGUGUCGCAGAUUUGUUCAAGAAUUAUGGCUGCAACUCAACGCGGAGAUGACAAGAAGUGCCGGGAAUUGGUCGGAAAGAUCAAGAAUUGGGCCAAAGAAAGUGAUCGUAACAAAAAAUGUAUUGCAGAAAAUGGAGCUGGCUGUUACUUAUCGGAGUCGUUUGAGACAUUUUCGAGUAUUUCGAUUCAAAAACAUGAAGGGUUGUUGGAGGAUAUAUUGUCUGCAUUGACAUGGGUGUUCCCACUUGGGCAAGAAGGGCUGUCCAAGCUUGGAUCAACACCAUCUUUACGUUGCAUGGUGUGGUUUUUGAAAAGUGAAGACCUUUCCACAAGGCAAAACGCAGUUUUAGCCCUAAAAGAGCUACUUUCUCAGGAUGAAAGACCUGUGAAUGGCUUGAUUGAGAUUGAAGGUGUUGCAGAAGCGUUGUUCAAGAUUGUAAAAGUACCCAUUUGCCCUACAGCCACCAAAGCUUCUCUCAUGGUGAUUUACUACUUGGUUUCAUCAAAGGCGACCAGUGAUGAUCAGAAGAUAACAUCACAAUUCGUCGAAUUAGGGUUGGUAUCGUUGAUCUUGGAGAUUCUAGUAGAUGCAGAAAAAAGCAUCUGUGAGAAGUCUCUAGGUGUUCUUAAUGGAAUUUGUAGUAGUAAUGAGGGAAGAGAGAAAGCACAUAGCCAUGCACUAACUAUUCCAGUGCUUGUCAAGAAGCUUUUAAGAGUUUCAGAAAUGGCUACUGAGUUUUCAGUCUCUAUUCUAUGGAAGCUCUGUAAGGGUGAUAAUGAAGGUCAUCUUCUGGUUGAGGCACUGCAAGUGGGUGCUUUUCAGAAGGUUUUGGUGGUCUUACAGGUUGGUUGUGGAGAGAAGACAAAGGGGAAGGCUACUGAGUUGUUGAAGAUGAUGAAUCAGUACAAAGAUAGGUCAGACUGUUUUGAUUUGGAUUUCAUGUAUGUCAAAAGGCCAUAUUGA